GUAUUAUUAUUAUUUUUAUUAAUUCCAUUUUCUAUGUUGCGCCAGGUUUUCUACUGCGAGCGCGUGAUGCAGACUUUCGGUUAGCAGGCUUUUUUUUUCUUUUUCUUUUUUUAACCCCUGCCGGUGGGCGUGGUAGCGCACGAGUGUGUUUACACCCGCUCACUGUAGUAGAAGUAAACGCACACAAGUAGCAAACACACGGGCGACACAUGAGUGGGCGGGGCUACGAGCGGUCGCGACGCCGUCCAAUCGGCGCCCAGCAAACCAAACACUGGCUGCGCUUAUCGACCAAUGGCGCUCGCCCUCCCCCGGAAGCCCUCCGCCAAUGGGCGGACCCGAUGACGUGGGCACGUGGAUCCCGGCACAUGUUGACGCUCGUAAAGUGAGCCGAGAAAGAAAGAGCGAGCAAACACACACGCGCACACACACACACACCCACGAUCACACACACGUACGAGAUCUCACAUACAUACACACACGGCGACUCACGGCCGGCCCAAGUGGACGUGGACGUGUAACGACUCUGUCCAAGCCGACGCCGGUCGCCCAGAUGCUGCUCUCUUCGCCCAUUGCUCACUGACGGAACCAGUUCGGAGCAAGAAGAGCUAGCAUUGUUCUUUUUUUUUAUCGUGAAUACAUCGGGCGGAGGAGAUGCAGUCCCAGGGCAGCACGUCGUCCCAACCCUCCUUUGACUCGCUGAGCUCCAGCGACAGCCUCCUGUUCAGUGACUCGGAUGACACCGACGUCUUCCUGACCGACGCCUCUUCCUCGGCCCUCCUGGAGGCGGCGGCGGCGGCGGGGGGCACGCCGGCUACGGCCGGCGACUCCGGCCGGGCGUCCGGGAGUCCCGGCUCGCAGUGGGCGUGCGACGGCUUCGCCGGCAAAGAGGAAGAGGACGACGGCUCUUUGCCACGCCAGGUUCCCAAAUCGCAGGGCGACCUGCUGUUUGCCCAGAAGUGUGCUGAGCUGCAGGGUUUUGUCAGGCCACUGCUGGAGCUGCUGAACGGGCUGAAGAAGGGCCGAUUUGACCGCGGACUGAGCAGUUUUCAGCAGAGCGUCGCCAUGGAUCGCAUCCAGAGGAUUGUGGGUGUUUUGCAGAAACCAAAUAGUGGGGAACGGUACCUCAACACGCUCCUCCAGGUGGAGAUGAUGUUGAAGCUGUGGUUUCCACAGAUCGCCACCGUCCCGCCGUCGUCCGUCCCCGACACCGCCGCAUCGUCCGCCCGUGCCAUCCAGGACACACCGGGCGCCACGCCGCCGCACAAGCACAGGGAUCAACUGCAUAUCCCGGUCAAGAAACGCCGACUCAGCUGGACAGGAACCGACUCGCCGAUGCCCUCUCCAGGUCUCCCUAAGUGCCCUGCCAUCAGCACACAAGAGAAAAAGCACCAAGGCGACAGUGAGGAAGAAGACACGGGAGCCCCAGCAGGCAGCCCCUGUCCCUGUCCCCCUCCCCCUCUCCCUCCCCCACCUCCUCCUCCGUCGUCAUCGCCGCCGUCGCACCAAAAUCCCGCAAAGGGAAACGACAGUGGCUCCGACAGUUCAGCCAACCCGUCGGAGUACAAAACGGCUCGCGCGUCGGAGCCCAGCCUCACAUGGGUGCAUGUGGCGCCCAUUCUCUCCCCGCGGAAAACGGGCGCGUUGGCGCUCGGCGGCGGCGAGGCCACGCAGGACAGCGCCGUGUCCUCCACCACGCCGCCUGAGCUCAGUAAGGAUCUUAAGAAAGCCGCACGCUGCCAAAGCCAAGCCGCCGCCGCUGUUGACGAUCGUCGACAGGAAGAACAUUAGACACUCCCUCGGAGACCUGAGAGCAAAGCGGCACAGGGGCAAAUCAAACGCGUGUUGAUAAUCACAACUAGUGUCAAAAUGUGCAAAAGAAAGCACGGAGGAGGAUUGCAAGUAAACUGAAAUCUCCACACACAAAAAAAAAAGAAUGGGGCACUUCCUGUCAGGAGAGGAAGUGGCGGAUGAUGUCACCUUUUUACGGGUUGUAGAUAGACACGACAAGGAACAAAAAAGGAAAUGGCAUCCAUGCUGUACUGGACAAGUGAUCCGUUCAAGGACUCUGGAGAACAACGUCAUCAACUCACGAAUGUAAUCGGAGAACGCGUCGGCGUGAAAGCGCUCCCAUCGUUAAUUUAUCUGUCUGUUGAUCUGACACUGCAUUUAUUUAUUAUUCUUGGUAUUUAUUUUUCAGGCAGCUGAGGAAAACGCACAGUGAGGGGCGUCAACUAUUUUUUACGACAUUGUUGACACGUGUGUUUUUCUUUUUCACCCGUCGGACUACUGUGCCUUUUACCAAACAGGAUGUGUUUAUUUUUUGUUGUUUUUCAAAAGGAACAAUUGGUGCUUGGAGUGCAUUUGUAUUACAUUUUGAUUGUUUGCUUUCACAACAAAAAAAAAAAAACACACAUCUUGACAGUAGUCGCCUGAACCUUCAAACUUCGAAAACAUGCCAUAACAUGCGCUCUUGUUAGCCUAAUAGCACAAUUUUUUCAACAUUUUCCUGAAACAAGAAGGGGUUCCGGUUACUACGAUGAAACUUUUGCCCAGCAUCAUGGCGCACCACUCAUUUUUAUCGAGUUCGAAAUGACAUGUGAAAUUAUGCUAGCAAGCUAACGAUUUGGUAGCCGACUACCCUGAUUGCCCAAAACAUUUUGGAAAUUGGCUUAAAUCUUUUGUGUGUUACCACAACUCGGCAAGCUACACAGACGUGAAGAACAAAUUGACGACUUUAGCAAUUGUGCUGUUAGGCUAACGAUCUGCCACAACUCGAUUCCACAAAAACGCCUCCAUCUUGUCAGCAGAGGCUAUUCUGCUCGCCUCUUUUUUGUUGUUGUUGUUUUUUCUCCCUCCUGUCGGCUCCCGCCCGAAUCGAGGGACCGAAGGAGGUGCACUAAAGGCUGGUGCAACUACAAAACUUGAAAUGAUGAAAAAAAUGUAAACAAACUUGUCUUGACUUGCCAGCAGCAAGCGAGCGAGCGAGCGACGCUUCCUUCCUCCUCCUGUGCUGCUAACCCACAUUGGAACACCCGAGUCCAAACAUGGAGGAGGAGUUGCCGACCGCAGCGUCGUAAACCAGCAACUCAUGCAAAAGUGCUACAAAUAUUUCCACUCAACUAUUUUUCAAAGUAUUUCCAGCGAGCGAGCAAGCGAGGCGGCCGACAUGCAAACGCCUUCACUUUAUUUCCAUUUGGAUGGUUUGUUUCAAAUUAUUUAGAUUAUUUUAAAAAACAUUUUUUGAUUGAUUUGUUGUUUACAUUUUUCUUUCCUCCUUUUAUCAAACAUUAUUUUUAUUUUAUUUUUUUUAAUUUGUUCCAAUUAUUGCCGAAUUUUAUUUUGUAUUGGAUUAUUUCCCUUGUAUUAAUAUUUUUUGGGGGGGUGUUUUGUUGAAUUUGAUUUUAUGUCUAUUUUAUCAAACAUAUUUCUCUUUGUCAUUGACUUCAGGUCAGUUGUUUAUUUUUUGUGUUUAUUUCCCAUUUUUGUUCAUUUUAUUUCUUUGUUCUAUAUUGGAAUUGAGUGUUUUUGUUUUGUUUUUAAUUAAAAGAUUAAUUUGUUUUAUUUUUUUGAAUUGUUGAUUUUUGUUUAAUUAUAACCAGUGAUUUUUUUUAAUUAUUUGAAUUGUAUUUGAAGUGUAUUUUCUUUUAUUUAUUUUGUUGAUUUGAGUGGCUCCUUUGGUGGUCGCGAGGCAUCUUGCAAGCCUUAUUACAAGCGAGUCUGUCGAAAGAGCCUCCCCGCCUCCAUCGGACGCCGACUCCUCAUCAGACUUCCUCAUCAGACUCUCGCGUUUGAGAAUUUUGUAUUUUGGGGGGAUUUGAUUUCCACUUUUUUUUCUACGGCCAAGGCGUGACCGAUUGAUUGCACUUACGUUUUGUUUUUUAACGACUGGGAAAGAUUUGGGAAUCUUGUAGCCUUUCUUAUUCACUUGUUCUACUACUUUCCUUUAACACUUGACCCCUCCUCCCAGCUCACCGGCUCACUCCCCACCCCCUUGUACUUCACUCCCGCCCCUCCAAUCCUGUUAGUUUUCCAGUCUUUGGUUCACCUUCACUCAUUACAUGCUCUGGCUACAUUUUUUUCAAUAAUCACACAAAUGGAGAGUUUGGGAAUAAAAUGACUUGUUUUUUUUCCAAA